AGCUCACAGUCGAAAUGACACACGCAACAACACAGUUGGCGACCAGAGACCUGUUUAGAUUGGACGGGCGGACGAUCUUGAUCUCUGGAGGUGCGGGCGCUGUCGGUGUGGUGGUGGGCAAGGCCAUCCUAGAGAGUGGCGGAGAUGUAGUCUUCUUAGAUCUAUUGUCAUCAAUGCCGGAGGCCAAAUGGCGUGACGUCCUGGCUUCGGCAGAAGUUGGAAACUCAAAAGCACACUACAAACAACUUAAUGUCCAAGACGAGACAACCAUCACAGCUGGCAUGAGCCAGAUCGGGUCGGGGCUUCGACGGCCAAUUCGAGGUCUCGUGUCUUGUGCAGCGAUCUCGGGAGAGAGCGAUGCGUGCAGCUACCCAUCAUCUAUCUUCCGGCAGAUCCUGGAUGUCAACAUCAUGGGCACCUUCCUAAUCGCGCGCGCAGUAGCUAACGAAAUUCACAGCGCUAACGUAACGGGAAGCAUCGUCCUGAUUGCUAGUAUGAGCGGUCAUAUCAGCAAUCGCGGAAUCAACACAUCAGCCUACAACGCUUCCAAGGCUGCAGUACAUCAGCUCGCUCGCUCGCUGGCCGCCGAGUGGGGACAUCCGCAGAACACGUUUCCUGGGAGCACGGUGACUGCGACUAAUCCGAAUCCGAGCACUGAGCCGAGGAAAGUGUAUCCACCGGUCAGGGUCAAUACGCUGAGUCCAGGACACAUCGACACGCCGUUAAGUGAGGCUGCAAGAGUGAGAGGGUUGACGGAUGAGUGGGCCAACCAGAAUAUGCUUGGAAGAAUCAGUCAGCCUGAGGAGUACAGGGCGCCAGUGCUGUUCUUACUGGGCGAAGGCAGCAGCUACAUGACAGGCGCGGAUCUUCGAGUUGAUGGAGGCCAUUGCGCAUGGUAGCGUUGUGAGUCCGGGUGUCAGGCGGACCUACCACAUAGAAGAAACUCACAGUACGAGAUUGCCACCUUCAGCGUCGGCAAUGGUCGCUAGGAAUUGGCCAAGUUGAACCCAGGUCGUCCGGUCUACAAGGCUAUGGUGUCGAGGAGAACCCGACAAGCUUGGCUUAUUGAAAUUGGAUGACGUGGACAAGUCUCCUUCAGAAUGCGGAUCUUAACUGAUACACUAGUAUAGGGAACCGCCAGCAAAAUUGAACAUCAUGUAUAUAGGAGAUCGUAUCAAGCAAGGACCAAGGCUGCAUUGCAUACUCUCGUAUAUCUGCAGGACGUCGGUUAUCUAAUCAUCCGUAACA